AUGCAUCAUGUUGAUGACUCUAUUCCUCCAUCUUCAUCUGAUGAUUCCACAAAGCCAACUUGGUUUGAAAAAGACCAACUGCUGUUAUCAGGGAUCAAUGCUACAUUAAGCGACUCUGCUCUUCCAUAUAUCAUCGGACUUACUUCUAUCAAGCAAGCAUGGGAUCUGCUCAAUAAUAGAUAUGCCUCUACAGCACCUGCCUAUGUGAUGUCCCUCAAACAGUUGCUUCCUCGACUCAAGAAGGGUACUCAAUCUAUGGUUGAUUAUCUCCAGCAAUUUAAGGUCAUUUCUGACCAGUUGACAGCUUGUGGCUCUCCCCUAAGCGAGGAUGAUUUGCUUAUUCACAUCCUCGAUUCGCUGCCACCAUCAUAUCGCCAAUUAUGUUCCUCGGUUCGUAUUUACGCCAGGACAUCGACCUUAUCUAUUGAAGAACUUCAUACUCUGUUAAUCUGUGAGGAUCUCUCUUUGAUUGAAGAUACACCGCCCGCGGUUUCAGCUCAGUCUACUGCAUUGGUGGCUUCCAAGCCUUUCAGGCCCAACAACUCUCGUCAAUUCUCUUAG